UUAUUCUCGGUCCAACAUCAGCAACAGCGUAAUAAUGUCUGUGGAACAGGGCGCAGAUUUGCCUACUAAUACCGUUUGAUGAAAACAAUUAGCUGAUGUCCAGCAUGAGGGCAGCCUGACCGCGGAGACAUGAACACCUCCACUACAUCCAGUCCACUUGAACCCAGCUUGCUUAACCUCGUCAGAAAACUCAAUAUGUCAGCAUCACCAGGUCACACAACUCCCAACAGUGGUCUUCCCACAGAGAGCAGAGAGGAGUUCUUUCAUCAUCUUACUCUCAAGGAUGAGACCGUGUUUGUGGCCCUCAUUGUCAUGGGCAUCAUUGUGCCUGCAAUCUUCAUCUCUGUCUUUGCCCUCAUCUGCAUCAGAAGACACAAGGAGAUGAAGGCCAGGAAAGCGGCGAUGUUACUACGGGAUGCCCAGGAUAUGGCGAUGGAGGACUACCCUUACAUGAUGCGGGGUCUGACUCGCUUCUCCCCCUGGAGGAUCUGAUGACCCUCCCUGUCUGUCCAGCAUGCAAUAACCGGACACAAGCACCAUGGCAUUUGGCAGUAACAACAGCCCAGUAUAUGUAGACCACAUGGGUAAAUGUAGUCACAUAUUACAGACACAAAACUCGGUUCCUUGGUUCCAGGUACUAACUUGACAUGAUCUGUGAGAUAAGGUCUUAUGGAACAUGAAUAUUGUUUAUGAAUGUUUUGUUCAUGCGAAUAAUUAUCUAGUCUCAACUUAAAAGUGCAUACAGUAAAUAUAUAUAAAGCAGUGUAUGAAAUAAGGACCGUCCGACCGCCCGAGACGGGCUAGAUUUCUGCCGGACGGUCUAAUUUUACAGCUAG